GAUUGGUCAGUUAGACGUUUAAGGAGUCGAAUUUACAAGUUGGACUAGAUGCUCCAAGUGGGGAACCUAGAAUUUGGAGCUAAUGAGAGCCAUCCGCCAUGGAACCGCGUAGUACGCGCUCUGCGUUUGCCGUGCCAUUUUCGGUGCGUGGGUGCACCGAGUUCCAUUUUGCGUGCGAUAUGUGCCCUCUUCUGUCCAGCCAUUCCCAAAUCAUUGAUCGCCGGCCCGACCAUCAAAAGGCACCGUCCGUGUAUACACGGAGCUACUAGAAAUGGUUCAACCGAUGUAGCCGAACAAGCUACGCGCGCGAUACAUGCAUGUGGCACAGUGGCAGCAGGUUCUCGGCAUCUAGAACAGAUUGACUCACUGCUCACCUUACUCAGUAGUACCAUCUUCACUCGCUGCUCAGUACUGCAUGCAUCGCCAACAUGAUUCACGUGACACGGACGGCAACCAGACCAGUGUCCCGGUGCGCCGAACCUACCUGGCUCCUGUACCUUGGCUUGUCAUACGGCCGCGUCUCGUUUUUAACGGGGCGCAUCCACUCCACAGACCACACCACAGUUACUUGUAGUUGUAGGCUUGUAGUCAAGUGACCAACGCAUUCGUCGCAACCGAGAAAAACAACUCCUUCGCGCACGUGAUCUUCCUCUGUCAUAUCCAGGGCUGGAAGUCGGCUCCGGCUCGGCCCUAUAUAAAACAAGAGACGGUGAAACCACCAAGCCGACCGAGAGCAUAACAUAGCAUAGCAUAGCAACGCCACCAAAGUUGGCAGCGCAGCGGCAGCUUCUCGGCCGGGUCCAUUUCUUCGACAGACCAACGCGCAGGACGACGCACGGCCGCAUGUCGUGGUCUGACACGGACGCGGCGCUCUUCGCGGCCGUCCUGGGGCAGGACGCCGCGCACCACCUGGCCACCACGCCGCCGCACCUCGACGGUCCGGCCUCGUCGUCGCCCGAGCUGCAGGCGCGCCUGUGCGACCUCGUCGAGCGGGGAGGGGCCUGGACCUACGGCAUCUACUGGCAGGAGUCCCGCGGCGGCCGCCCCGUGCUCGGCUGGGGCGACGGGCACUGCCGCGACGGCCCGGCCGAGGAUGCCGGGGCCGCCACGGACAGGAGCCUGGCGCGUAAGCGCGCGCUGCUGCGGCUGCACGCGCUGUAUGGCGGCGGGGACGAGGACGGCGCCGACUACGCGCUCCGCCUCGACCGGGUCACCGGCGCCGAGAUGUACUUCCUGGCGUCCAUGUACUUCUCGUUCCCAGGGGACGCCGGCGGGCCGGGUCGCGCGCUCACCUCCGGCCACCACGCCUGGGCCGCCGUCGAUCCUCACCUUCCCGGCUCUGCGCCCGGGUGGUACGUCCGUGCGUCCCUCGCCCAGUCCGCCGGCCUACGCACCGUCGUCUUCCUCCCGUGCAAGGGCGGCGUCCUCGAGCUCGGUUCCGUCGUGGCCAUGCGCGAGAACCCCGAGGUCCUGCGCGCCAUCCAAUCCGCCUUCCACGUCGAGGCCGAUCACAUGAGGAUCUUCGGGCAGGAUGUCUCCCGCAGCCCCCCAAUGCCGCCGGUGCAAGUGCAACCCACGGGGUGCGAUGCCACUUGGGCGCUGCGGCUCGGCGGGCAAGCCAUGGUGGCGCGCCCGGCCAAGAAGGAGGUGGUGGUGGUCAAACCGAAACCCCAGGAGCCUCCCAAGACGAUAAGCUUCAGCAACGCCGUCGACGCGCAGAAGCAGGCGGGCGGCGACGAGCGGAGGCCGCGGAAGCGGGGGCGCAAGCCGGCGAACGGGCGGGAGGAGCCCCUGAACCACGUGGAGGCGGAGCGGCAGCGGCGGGAGAAGCUGAACCAGCGGUUCUACGCGCUGCGCGCGGUGGUGCCCAAGAUCUCCAAGAUGGACAAGGCGUCGCUGCUGAGCGACGCCAUCGCCUACAUCCAGGAGCUGGAGGGGCGGCUGAGGGGCGGCGCGGCGCGGCCGGAGGCGAGCCCGUCCGUGGAGGUGAAGACAAUGCAGGACGAGGUGGUGCUGCGCGUGAGCACGCCCCUGGACGCGCACCCCAUCUCCGGGGCGUUCAACGCCGUGCGGGACUCCCAGCUGAGCCUGAGCGUGGUGGCGUCGGACAUGGCGGUGGCGGACGACACCGUCACGCACACGCUGGUGGUGCGGUCGGCGGGACCCGACCGGCUCACGGCCGAGGCCGUGCUCGCCGCGAUUUCCCGUGGGAUGAUGAUGAGCGCCACCCCCUCCCCGUGACCGCGCAGCUGUAAACAAUCGCGCGGCUCGUGCCGUAGUACGUACAGGCAACUGUCAACCGUUGCUACCGGUGUUUAGGUGAGCAUGCUCCUCGUGACUGCAUGCCACGUGGUGCACGGCACAUGAGAAAGGUCAACAGUUCCUCAAGUGGUAGUAUACCAGGUUGCCAAUCGUAGAUUCAUGUAGUACAGUUACUACUUACUGUACUAGUAAUACCGUAGUUAUCAAUUUGAUCCUUAAAAAAAGAGUAAUACUGGUUAUCAAUUUGUACCUGGUCCAGUCAGGUCGUGUCGUCUGUCGUGGUAGUAGAGCAAAUCUACACAAAAUUGUCAUGCAUAAGUAGGAAUGAUAUUUACUCUGCGCGCUAGCCAGCCGGAUGUAACGUAGGAGUAUUUCUUUGAAGAAAACGUGGAAUCUGAGCACGUCAUGCAUGGCGGUGGGGGU